AUGUAUAGUCUUUUCUUUAGGCUCAGGCCUUUCCUUUGUCUCUCGCCGUCGUCUUUCACUGCUCCGUUCCGGCGUCGACGGAGUCUCGCGUUUAGCGCUCUUCCUACAAAGACCAAAGCCAUCGACGCAGCGUUGAUGAAGGAGAAAUGGGUGGAUUCUCUGACUCUGCCCUCACUAGAAGCAGACGAGGUUACUCGGGAGAAUACUGAGUCGAGUUUUGUCCUUGGGAUUGACCCAGACUUGUCCGGUGCUUUGGCUCUUUUGAAAAUUGACCACAUCUUGGAUUCUUCUGAAGCUCAGGUCUAUGAUACUCCUCACUUGCCAGUUUUAGUUGGGAAGAGUGUACGAAAACGUUUGGAUGCGAAGUCAAUAGUUCAAUUGAUUCGAAGUUUAGAUAUACCCUCUGGAAGCACAGCAUAUAUAGAGCAAUCAACUCCCUUUCCCAAAGAUGGGAAACAGGGUUGGUAUAGUGGAGGUUUUGGAUAUGGAUUUUGGAUAGGAACACUUGUUGCAUCAGGCUUUUCGGUCGUUCCGGUUCCGUCAUCUUUAUGGAAGAGGCAUUUUCAACUUGCUGGUGGAAACUGCACAAAGGAUGAUAGUAGACGAGUUGCGUCGGAGUUGUUUCCUUCUCUUAGUUCGCAACUCAAGAGAAAAAAAGAUCAUGGUCGAGCUGAAGCAUUGCUCAUUGCGGCAUAUGGUGAAUCCCUUAAACCCGCAAAGCUGUUGAACACGCCGCGAGAAUUAGUCUCCUCUGAGGUUUGCUUUGUAGAAAACUAG